GGUGUUCAUAAGCCAGUGCAAACUGGCCACAGACCUGACUACUACUAGCACUUUGCCAGCAGUAGAUCAAGCUAGCCUGUAGCGUAGACUUUGAGUUUGUUUACUCUGGCAGAGCUUACCACCAAUCCCUAGGCGUGAGUGUGAGCAGACUACUAGCAGUGCUCUCUGUAAAGAGACAGGAGAUUGCUGCUGGUCAAGGAGCCGACAUUCAGCAGGUUACCUUCCUUCAGACAUGAUGGAGUUGUCCAGCAGAGGAGGCGUUGUAUGUGUUCUGGACACGCGAUGGCUACCCUUAGUGUUGCUGACUGUAAUGUCAAGUCUAGGGUUAAGCGCGGAGGCUGGUCAAUGGUCCCCCUGGUCUUCUUGGACACCCUGUUCUGCAACUUGCCUGCCAUCAGCCACGACACUAUCCUUGUCUUCCUCUGCGAGUGUAGUAGCUGGCACCCAGCAGCAUCGCUACAGGGUUUGCGAUCCGCGUAGCGCUCUGUCCCCCUCCGCUACAGAUGUCAUGGGUGAUCCUCCACUGGCGGCUGUCUGCCCGCCUGGAAAUGGCAGUGAGACCCGACAGUGCGUUGGCCUUCCAGAGUGCAAAGGAAAAACUCCAGCGCGCUGGUCGCCCUGGUCAAACUGGACGCCAUGUAUUCGACUGUGCGGCGGAGUAGCCGUCCAACGACGACUGAGAAAUUGCCUGGGCGGAUCCUCCUCAGCCUGCAGCGGACCUCUGUUCGAAUCCAGAGACUGCACUGCCGAAGGCACCCCAUCACCUCUGCGUUCGGGGCCGCAUAUCCACAUGGCACGGUUUGUGAUGGGCGAGAAUAACCUGUAUGCCAUGGAGGGAUCCACGGGUGUGAUUGUCUGCUGUGCCGAUCUCACUGACAAUGACGUAGAGCUCAAGAUAUUCCAUCGCCGAUCACAGCUGGUGAACGACUCGCUGACAUCGGUGCUGUUGACAGAGAAGAACUAUGUGCAAGUGACAAUAUCUCCUCUCAAUCUCAAUCACAGUGGAGCGUAUUCCUGCUUCACUCGUGAUGAUCCCAAUCUAGUCUCAACGUCAAGUUCCAUUUUCGUACGUGCACUUCCAACAGUCCCACCGGGAAGUGGUGGCACUUUGGAUGGCGGCAUUACCGGACUUAACAAAACCAAUGGUGGUGAUGGCAGCAAUGGUAUUGGCGACGGUGCUACAAACGAAAGUGAUGACUUCCUAGUCAUCAUUAUCCCCAUCAUGGCCUCAGUGCUCUUCCUGCUCAUCCUGACGGGACUGCUCUGUUUUAUUCACCGUCGUCGUAAAUCAGCCGGCCGUGGAGCACAGGCCGUCCAGUCCAGCAACCACAUUAUCAACAAGGUGGAUGUGCUGGAUAAUCGCAAGAUACCCAUUCAGCCCACCGCACGUCCCUCAUGCAUGCCCUACCUAAGCAGAUCACGCCAGCCCAUUGCGCUUCACGGCGGCCUGACGCCAAACGACCCGGACAAGCAGAACUUCCCCGCAUUCUCCUUCAUGCCGACGAGCGCUGCCUCGUCCAAUGACCGUGCCACCGGUGCCGAGGGACAAGGCAGCCCGACGGAACCGUUCCGGCCCGUGAAUGCCGUGGUGCCGUACCGUAAGAUGUCCGCCGACAAACUGCAGCAGUCAGGUCCCACACAGGAGAGGGGUACAACCCCGGACAUGGGCCAUAGCACACACCGUCUGAAUGUGUAUAGUCCGGCGGAAGCGGAGCGCGCCUACAGCAAAUCCUACGAGAAAGGACUGAAAACAAGCCCCCUGAACGAAGUGGUUGAUUCCAAUAUGGCCCUUCCGACAGACACCAUCUCAGAUAAUGGGGUGUUCAGUGACGGGGACGACGAAAAGGACAUCAACGCCCAUCACGCUCUCAAGAAGAUCAAAUCGACGGCUGAUGACGAGGACGAGCUCUUCCGUGACAUCGCCAUUGCCUGCGAAUCGCAGUCCAUCGACAUCAAUGAACUGGUCGACAACGAUGUGGAGGACACAGGUCGCAUCGCCAGGGCUAUCUCCAUGGAGCUGGAGCGACGGCGCAGCUCCGAGAUGCACAAGACGCCACUGCACAAGCUGAACUCAGCGGUCAGUAGCUUCACGACAGUGGACUACAACCCCAGCGAGGGCAUGAACUUCUCGCCAGAACACACCAGCGUGCUGCCCGCAAUCACGAAAACCGACUGGCAACACUCGGUGGACCACAUAAAGCCCGUGGCGACGGGCUCGCCGAUGAAGCCAGAGCACUUCGACGCCAAGAUGGACGUGAGGCAGUGCUUCGAGGACUUCGCCCGCUCGACAGUGCCGCAUCUGAUGAAGCACACGCCGCCGGCGGCAACGCCAGCUAAAGCCCCCGUCCCCAUAGCAACAUCGGCAGCACCAGUGCCACCACGGCCAGCGCAGGUGCCGUUAGUGGCAGCAGCGGCAUCGUCAGCAGCGUCUGACAUGUCACAGGUCAACACUCAGAGCUUGCCACGCACACGCGAACACACGGACACGCUGGACCGGUCGGACAUGACAGCGUUCGGCGCAAACCCGGACACCCUGAAACGUGCCAACGGACUAUUGUCGCCCAGCGCUGAGGUCCCUGUUACCAUCCUAUAGACAACAUUACAAACACACCUCUUGUCUCCAGUAUUGUCAAAGAUCUGCAACCUGACACACCCUGAGUUCACCGUACACGUACAUGUAUAUAAUUAUGAAGAGAGAUUAUUUUAUAGACUUCUGUAAAUACUUUUAUCCGACCAAAAAAUGAGAGAAAGAACUUUUUAACUAUUUUUUUACAGAGAAUAUCAAUAUCAUGGCUACCGUCCAUUUUUAAAGAUUUUUCAAACUUGUUGCCAAACUUCUGAAGUAUAAUAUUAUUAUCAUUGAA